GGGGCAUUCUCCUGCACCAGGGAGGCAGUUACCCUGCCCCGCCCCGCCCCUCUUUGGCGCCUAGCAAGAAACGAAAACUGCCUGCGGGAGCCCAGAGGCAGCCGCAGCUCGGCGAGGAGUCGUCUUCGAUCCCCGACCUCCCUUUGGAGAGACCGAAGCCCGCGGCUCGGCGGCGGCUGAGCGCGGAAAUGAAGUCGAUGCCGCGAGUUCUAGUGAGUGGGCCUGUCAGAUAUGCAAUGUUUUUGGCAAGUUUGAUUGCAGCCUGGUACCUUGGCUAUGGAAUAGCAGACGCUAUGAUCAGUGGCUCACUACGGCGUAGCCUCACCAUGAUUCAGAAGAUAGGACAGAAACUCCAACAUAGAGUACCUUUCCCAAAACAGCAUAAGUGUGGCCAUUGGACAGCAUGUCCCUCAGGAUCCUUUGCCUUCCUUGUGUUGAGCGGCAGUGAAAAUAAAAAACCUCCAAAAAUCUGCCUUGAAGAUGAAGUACUCUUGGGUGGUGAGAAGAAUAAUUAUGGCAGGGGCAUGAAUAUUGCCAUUGUGGAAGCCAAGACAGGGAAGUACAUAAGGUCUGGUACUUUUGACCUCUGCGAAGGAGCUUCUUUCAUCUUACUGGCAGAUAAUUCAGGGCGCAUGAUUGAAUUUCUCGAAAAAGCCCCAGAAGGUUCGCUUAUCUUCAUGGCAACAUUUGAUGACAGUUAUAGCAGGAUGACAGAAGAUGCCAAGAAAUACAUUGAGGGGCUGGGCAGCAAGGAAAUCCGGAAAAUGGCUUUCCGGGGUAACUGGGUCUUUGUUGGCACCAAAGGAUUCACACUGCCAAAGGACUAUGAAAGGGAAAAGAUUAUCAACUGUCAGAAAGUGAAGAAUAAAUACAGUGUGUGGCCAUCGGAAAUCCAGAUUCUUGGCUGCUUUUCACCAAAGACAGACUACCUAUAGGAGACAUCCUUGGCCUCUCAGCCUGGACAGAGCCUGGCUCAGUUCCUGUGUCAGGCUCAGCUGAACUGUCUGCUCCAUUCACUGCAGCAGUUUGCAAACUGCCAAAGGAAACAACAGCAGGCUGAACAAUAUAUUAACAAUCAGUUAGCUUGUAAAAGAAAUGAAAGUAAAACUGUAUCAAGAAUAUAAUUUUAACCAUAUAAAAUAAUAUUAAAAACAUUUCAACGUACCCCAUCAUUUAGU